GCCGGGCGGGGACCAGCGGGGGCGCCGGCGGGGGUGCGGAAUCCGCGGCCGGGGUGGGGGGGUGGAGGCGCCACCGCGUGCCGCCGCGCAGGCGCGCAGCCGUCUCCGCGUGAGUGCGCGCAGUCGCGCCCCUGUCCCCGCGCGGGCUCCGUAGCGCGUGUGCAGGCUGACGCAGCUCGCGGGCCCUCCUCCUGCUCUGCAGCGGCGUCGGCGGAGUUUUGGGCGUUCGGGAGGGGGCACGGGAGCGAGAGUCCAGAGAGGGAGGCGGCGGCGGCGGCGGGGAGGAGGAGGAGGAGGAGGAGCAGGCGCCGCCAUGGCCGCCGCUAUCACCGACAUGGCCGACCUGGAGGAGCUCUCCCGCCUGAGCCCUCUGCCCCCCGGCAGCCCCGGCCCGGCGGCGCGGGGUCGGGCUGAGCCGCCAGAGGAGGAGGAGGAGGAAGAGGAGGAGGAAGAAGAGGCGGAGGCCGAGGCGGUGGCGGCGCUGCUGCUGAACGGCGGCGGCGGCGGUGGGGGCGGUGGAGGCGGCGGCGGAGUGGGGGGCGGCGAGGCGGAGACGAUGUCGGAGCCGAGCCCCGAGAGCGCCAGCCAGGCCGGGGAGGAUGAGGACGAGGAUGAGGACGAGGAGGAGGAGGACGAGAGCAGCAGCAGCGGCGGGGGCGAGGAGGAGAGCAGCGCCGAGAGCCUGGUGGGCAGCAGCGGCGGGAGCAGCAGCGACGAGACGCGCUCGCUGAGCCCCGGUGCCGCCAGCAGCAGCAGCGGGGAUGGGGACGGCAAGGAGGGCCUGGAGGAGCCCAAGGGACCGCGGGGCAGCCAGGGCGGCGGCGGGGGCGGCAGCAGCAGCAGCAGCAGCAGCGUCGUUUCCAGCGGCGGAGAUGAGGGCUACGGGACCGGGGGAGGCGGAAGCAGCGCGACCUCCGGGGGCCGGCGAGGCAGCUUGGAGAUGUCGUCGGAUGGGGAACCCCUGAGCCGCAUGGACUCGGAGGACAGCAUAAGCAGUACUAUAAUGGAUGUAGACAGCACAAUUUCCAGUGGGCGUUCAACUCCAGCAAUGAUGAAUGGACAAGGAAGCACUACUUCUUCAAGCAAAAAUAUUGCCUAUAAUUGUUGUUGGGACCAGUGCCAGGCUUCCUUCAACUCUAGUCCAGAUCUGGCAGAUCACAUCCGUUCCAUACAUGUAGAUGGUCAGCGAGGAGGGGUAUUUGUUUGCUUAUGGAAAGGUUGUAAAGUAUAUAACACUCCGUCAACCAGUCAGAGUUGGUUACAGAGGCAUAUGCUGACACACAGUGGAGACAAACCUUUUAAGUGUGUUGUUGGUGGCUGCAAUGCCAGCUUCGCUUCUCAGGGAGGGCUAGCUCGCCACGUACCCACACACUUCAGUCAGCAGAACUCCUCAAAAGUUUCUAGCCAGCCAAAGGCCAAAGAAGAAUCUCCUUCUAAAGCUGGAAUGAACAAAAGGAGGAAAUUAAAGAACAAAAGACGACGCUCAUUACCACGACCACAUGAUUUCUUCGAUGCACAAACACUGGAUGCGAUAAGACAUCGGGCCAUAUGCUUUAACCUCUCAGCUCAUAUAGAAAGUUUAGGGAAGGGACACAGUGUUGUUUUUCAUAGUACUGUAAUAGCUAAGAGAAAAGAGGAUUCUGGAAAGAUAAAACUUUUGCUUCAUUGGAUGCCUGAAGACAUUCUGCCUGACGUGUGGGUGAAUGAAAGUGAACGACAUCAGUUAAAAACUAAAGUAGUUCAUUUAUCAAAGCUACCCAAAGAUACUGCCUUGCUUUUGGACCCAAACAUAUACAGAACAAUGCCGCAGAAGAGGUUGAAGAGAACUCUGAUAAGAAAAGUGUUCAAUUUGUAUUUAAGCAAACAGUGAACGACAUUUGCAAUCAACUAAAAAUUCGUCUAUCGAAUUAGGGCUGAAAAUUUCUGUUAAAGAGUGUUGCAGUAUGUCUGGUGGCUCCCCUUUCAGGACUAGGGUUUUCUCAUGGAGUACAGUAUGUUAAUAUUUACCUAUAUAACUAAUCUGUUAACGGUUUUUGAAAAACCUUUAUUUCAAAUUAUUUGAAUAAUCCUCAUAUUUUCAUUUUAACCUAUAUAAGCCUCUAAUUUUUUUUUUUCUGAGGAAAGCAUUUGGUUUAUGAGUUGUUUUUUCUUAACAUAAGAAAAACUGUAUUUUUUUUUUUAAAGUAUCUUCAAACUGAAUCCUUUAUGCACCAAAGUUGGUUUUGAAAAGGAAAAUAAAAUCACUUUCUUGCUUGGUAAGCAAGAAGCCAUAUGGAUUUUUUUUUUAACUUACAGAAAUGGAAAUAUGUGUAACUUGUUAGUAUUGUAUCAAACAAAUGUUGCAUAGAGAUAAUAGAACAUUGCUUGUAAAUAAUUCAGCAGAUUUGUAAUAUAUUUUUAUAUUAUGAAAUGUACUGUAGAUGUUUUUCUAGAGGCAUGAAAAGUUAAAUGUAUAUAUUAUGGGUAGAGAUAAUAUUGAAGGAUAUUGUAAUUCACUAGUGCUGCCAGAGGAAUUGUUAAUAAAGCACCUUCUUUAACAAUAAAUGUCUUUUGCAGACUUAAGGGACUAUGUACUACUGUUAAUAUCUGUAAGAACAAAACACAUUGAACAUCCUUCCAGAAAGUCUUUGGGGGAGGACCUAUACCCAUAAUAGAAUUAUGGCACUCAUUUCUGACAGUGACCGUGAAAUCAAUUAUUUCCUUACUGUUGGAAGGACAUAUUGUAAAGUAUGUGGUUAUAUGCAGUCAAACUGCAGAAAAUACUCCUGAUUAAGGAGUUUUCACUUUACUACAGUGAUAUAAAAACCAGCAGUUUUUACACUAAAAUUUUUUAAAGAAAGAAUAGACAAAAAUAUAGAAUUAAUAAGCCUUUUGGUUCCAAAAUGGGAAAGGUUCCAUGAUACAUAAGUCAUUUCUCAUUUACUUUAAAAAAUUUAAAAAAAAUAAUAAAAAUUAUGGGAGACUUUAUUCGUUAACAAUGGGGUAAAGAGCUAUAUACAUGAAGUGAGUCAUAUAAAAUUAAAUGAAGUGCAAAUAAAAGCACUGCUUCUAUAAGACAUUCUGGAAUGGUUGUUUAAUAAGGGUAUUAUUCAUAUGACUUGUAGCAAAUGUGAUUUUAUUUUUAAAAAGAAGAAAAGCAGUGUGUUUUCUUACUAUUUUUUUGUUUUCUUUUGCUUAAGCACUUCAUCAGUUGCUUUAUUCUGUAUCUACGAAGUAAUCUGCAAUCUCCUUUGUUCUUUUUAAAUUUUGAUUUGUUAUAAAAUUGCCAAAUAGAAGUGUUUCAGAUAUAUAGUUUGUACCUGUAUUUUUAUUUUAUUGCCUCAUGUUCUUGUAAGUCAUUCUUAAUUGACCGAUGAUUGUAGACCUUGCCUGAGUAUUUUUUCUAAUAAAACAAAGCAAAUCACAUUUAGUUUCAAAAUUGUAACAAUUCAAUUAAAUUUUAAAACAUCUAAAAUAUACAUCUAUUUUCUUCAGGGGCACAGCGAAUAGAUUAGUUUUCCCAUUGUGUAGAAAUACUAAGAUAUCCAAACCAAAUUUCAUGGUUAUUGAUUAGCCUCUGAGUACUCAGUCACUCAAGAUACUCUGCUGCUUAUCUGACUUUGUUCUGAUACUACUUACACACCAAAAAGAAUAUUGAAUCAAAAUGAAAUAGUUUUAUAACUUGUAUGUAUACAUAUAUACACACAUGCAAUUAUGAUUGGGAAACAAGUGUGGAAAUUUUUAUUUUAUAGUGUUCAUUUAGUGAUAGCUAUCCAUCUAUAUUAUUCUUCCUACCCCUGUGGCCCCCCCUGCCCCCCAAUAUAUGACAUAUUUGUAAUAUGGCACCUGAAAUAAUUAGUCUCUUAUUCAAAAUCCACUGUCUUUUCAGCAGCAGGCAAAACUGCAGCUCACAGGCAUACCCAUUCAUUUACUUGUGACUGCUUUCUCCCUGUUGUGGCAGAGCUGAGUAGUGACACUUUAUUGCCUGCAAACUUAAAAUACUUACUGUCUCACCUUUUAAGGAAAAAUUUGCCAAUCCCUGGUUAUAGUUGAUAAGUUUUUCUGAAAAAUAAAGCUAGACCGCACAACUUAUAUUUUAAUAUGAUAGUAUUAUCUUGGUAAUAAGCACAUUAAAUUUCAGUGAGCUGUUUAAUAUACAUCAGAGUAAAUAUUGCCAUAUUAGGUACAUGCAACAAAUGAUGGGGUUUUUUUUUUAACUUUUACGUUGGAGUUCUUAAUAGUUACUAACAUUUCGCCGUUUGUUUUUGUAUUUUGUUUUGUUUUACUAAAUAGGACUAAAUGAGAUUUUGUAAAUCAGAUCAUGUUUAAAUCAUACGGCACAUCUGCUCUAUCUGAAAGAAUCUUGGAAGUGGAAAAUACUGUAAAAUUUAAAGUUGUUUAUUUUUCUAAUAAACUUACUUUUUCAUAUAUAAA